CACCCCCCCGACCGGAAGUGAGUUGUCUGAAGACAUCUCAUCGCAAUCGGAGCGGCGGGAGGGUGUCCGGUGGUCGGUGAGUGCCGGCCCUUGGGUGUGAGGUGACCCUCUGCCUUGCCCUCGGUCUCCCCUGCGGCCACUGGUGGGUGGGGAGGCAUCCAACGCCAGUCCGGCCGAACCCUCGCAAGUGGCGUCUGUGGGUUCAAGGCUUGGCUGCCCCUGAACAGGGGGGUGGGUUAGUGUCCACCCCAACCCCCCCCGCAGCUGAUUCCUUAGUCCCCUUCAUCUGUUUAAGAUAUCUUCCCAGCUUUUCUGCUCCCUUUCCCUCCCUCAACUACUUGAUUUGGAUGUCUUCCCAGCUCCUCUUCUAAAUCCUUCCCAUCCUGUUUUAAAAAAAGUUUCCCCCACUCCUCUAAAACCCAUCCGCCUAUCUAAAUAACCCCGCCCCUCUAAAACUUCCAGCUGUUUAAAUAUCUCUCCUCUGACUUUUGAUGGUUUGACAUAUUCCGUGUUUCGCUUUGAGGAGAGAUUUUGGGGUAGUGAUAAUGUGACUGUAUUAGUAAUCCAGAAGUACAAAGCUGUGGGAUCCCCAAAGUCUAGCUGAGGAGUGCCAGCAGAUCACCAAGUGGUCCUCAUUCGGAGCAACACACCUCCCCUUUAGGAGGGGUGGUGAAGGACUGACUUUUUUUUAAGAAAAGAAAACAUUUUGCCAGGGCCCAGUUCCGGGACUCAGGUUCCCGGUUAAUCUCCAGCAAGCUGUUUCCCGCGGGGAGGGACGCGAUGGUCCGAUCGACGUUGGCCACCGCAGCCAGCCUGGUGCUCACCACAACUGUGGUCACCCAUGCCUAUUACCUGAAGCGGCAGUUUUACCCUACUGUGGUGUAUCUGACUAAAUCCAGCCCAAGUAUGGCGGUGCUGUACAUUCAGGCGUUUGUCUUGGUCUUCCUCAUCGGCAAGUUCAUGCGGAAGGUGUUCUUUGGGCAGCUGCGUGCUGCAGAGAUGGAGCAUUUAAUCGAGCGUUCCUGGUACGCUGUGACUGAGACUUGCUUGGCAUUCACUGUCUUCAGGGAUGACUUCAGUCCACGCUUUGUGGCCCUCUUCACCCUGCUGCUCUUUCUCAAGUGCUUCCACUGGCUAGCUGAGGACAGGGUGGACUUUAUGGAACGGAGUCCAAACAUCUCGUGGCUGUUUCACUUCCGAGUUGUCUCACUGAUGGGUUUACUGGCUCUGUUGGAUCUGCUGUUUGUAAACCAUGCCUGUCACAGCAUCAUGACCCGGGGAGCAUCCGUCCAGCUGGUGUUUGGCUUUGAGUAUGCCAUUCUCCUCACAAUGGUGCUGACCAUAUUCAUCAAAUACAUUCUGCACACCAUCGAUCUUCAGAGUGAGAAUCCCUGGGACAACAAGGCUGUGUAUAUGCUCUACACCGAGCUCUUGACAGGGUUCAUUAAGGUGCUGCUCUACAUGGCCUUCAUGACCAUAAUGAUCAAGGUUCACACGUUCCCUCUGUUUGCCAUCCGUCCCAUGUACCUGACCAUGAGGCAAUUCAAGAAGGCAGUGACUGAUGCCAUCAUGUCGAGAAGAGCAAUUCGCAACAUGAACACGCUGUACCCCGAUGCCAGCCUAGAGGAGCUCCAGCAAACCGACAACGUCUGCAUCAUUUGCCGUGAGGAGAUGGUAACUGGAGCCAAACGCCUACCGUGUAACCACAUCUUCCACACCAGUUGCCUCCGUUCGUGGUUCCAGCGGCAGCAGACGUGCCCCACGUGUCGCAUGGACGUGCUGCGAGUCACACUCCCCACCCAGACGCCGCCGCCGCAGCCGCCUCAGCCGCAGGUGCCACAGACCCCCCUGGUCCCCCAGCAACCCAAUCUGCCUCCAGGGAUGCCGCCCUUUCCGCCAGGAAUGUUCCCCUUCUGGCCGCCCAUGGGCCAGCACCUCUUCCCGCAGGCUCCUGGUGCAGCUCCGAAUGUGCCACAAUCAAACACGUCAGCUCCUGCUGGUGCAGAGGGCCAGGCAAGCGCUGGUGAAGAAUCCCGGAGCACUGAGACCAUGUCGGGGACUGGAUUGGAGACGCCCGGUGCUGGAUCAAUCCCAGGAUUUCCCUUCUCCUUCCCUCCCUUCCCGUCGGCUCCUUGGGUGGGAAUGCCCCCCCCUCCGUUUGGAAUGCCUCCGAUGCCGAUGCCACCAUCUGGCUUUGCCGGAUUGACAGACGAGGAGCUCCGAGCGAUGGAGGGUCAGGAGCGUCAGAACCUGGAAGCACGGCUCCAGUGUCUUCAAAACAUUCACACACUGCUGGAUGCAGCCAUGGUGCAGAUCCAUCAAUACCUCUCUGUUGUCGCUACUCUCAGUCCGCCCAGACCAACGGCAACUACCAGCUCAGCACCAAGCACAGAGUCAACGGAUCCAACGUCUGGAUCACAGGUGGAUUCCACUGGAGACUCCCCUCCUCCUGCUUUCGACAGCACCUCUGCACAAUCUCCCUUGCAACCUGAAGAAAUAGGGCAGAUUGACCUGGAAGGGGCAGUGGGAUACUCUGUACCUGACUCGGCCGAAGUCCCGGACGAUGAGAAGGACGCUCUCAGUGAACCAGAUGCAGCCGAACUGCGCCGACGGCGGCUGCGGAAACUCGACCUACCCAGUGGCCGUCACUGACCGCUCGGAUUAGACUACACGGCUCGACGCCGGGUCAGAGACGGGCGGUGGGAGGGAUGGGAGGGAAACUGGAGGAUGGGAGACAGCCAGAGAGAACGUGGGGAGGGCUUGGGCUGCAGCAAGAGAGGGUGCCACUGUGUUCUCCCUCCCCUCUCUCUCUCAAAGAUGUGUUUUCUUUUCAUCCCUCUAUUCCCCACCCACCCCGACCCAUCACCAAGUGCCAUUGAUCCUACCCUAAUGCAGGGAAUCCAAGCUUUGAAUGUCGCUGCUGAAGACUCUGCAGCAAGUCUGAGAAUAUCGAGAAACGUCCAGUAAAAGGCAACAGAUACACCAGCUGCGAUCUCUUACGCUCUCUCGUUCUGUCCUUCUCCAUGCGCACACCCUGAUGUUUGUACCAAAAUUUGGCAAGAUUUCUCUCCCAUCCUCCCCUCUGCCCAUCCCCACUUCAGAAGGUCAAUUGGGUUUGGACAGGGCUCCUGUUGCUAUCUGGCAUAGGGUCUUUGCGUGCUCGCUCGUGCUGUUUCUUUCUCUCUCUCUCUCUCCACCAAGCCCCUUCUCUCUCUGUAUUUGCCGCCUUCUCUCCUCCGUCCCCCUGUAUAAUAUCUGACAGUCAGUCUAUCUCUGGUGUUGCUGUGCGACAGGACCACACCUCAGUAGCCCUGUGUCCACUGUUGUCAACGGGACGAUCCAUACAGUGAGCCUGCCCUCCUCGAUGCACUUUGGCGACCUCUUCUCUUUCUCCCUGCCCCCCGCCACCACCAAAAAACACUUGCUGUCAACCAACCACAGCUGCAAUAAUUGUUUUUGACUUUGGAUUCUCCAAAUCCAAAGCGUUGAUGUACCUUCCCCUUCUCUGCAUGAACAGCCAGAGGGUGAGAGGUGACAUGAUCCACCUCCAGCUACAUGGGUUAAAACAGCUUGGAAUGGACUGAGUCUCGACGUGCUGGAAGACAGCUGCAUUAAAUAUCAUGCAGAUCAUUUGCCCGUCUUUCAAAUGUUUUUAACCUUCCUAUUCACUUGGUUUAAUAAUAUGGCUCAUGUGUUGGAUCAAGAGUUUUCUCGAACAUUAUAAAACAGCAGAGCGAUCAAUGAUCACAAUUAAGUAGAUGCUCAUCUGCUUUUCAUGUGAGAGGGAGGUAAUAUCUCUCCUUUGUCUGAAUAAGCCUCUUGUCAAUCUUGGGCGCGGGUAUGGUGGAGAAAGAGUGUGAAGAGGCUUGGAUAGGAGAUCUGGGAACUAGGUCCAAGAGGGACACUUCAGCAGUUAAACUUUCACCCAUUGCAAUAGGAUUAAACUGACAGCUUCUUUCAAACUAAAUAGACACAGCUUGUGACUUUGGGACUUGUAGAUUGGCUGAUUUUUUUUAAAAAGUUUUUAAUUUUACAUAAAGCACUUUGUUUCUCAUUUCAAAUCCAUUGUAGAGAAGUCCCUAUUUCUUACUUCAUGUCAAAUAUAUUAGAGUUGUGUUUGUGCGCAUAUAACAUGCGCUAGUCAAGAGGAGGGGGGUUUUGUCAGUUUUCCUUUCCCGCUCUCCUGACCAAUCGUUCUCUGGGGAUUGGCGAGGGGCCUGCAGCCCCCACCCUGGUUUGCCCCCUGGCAAUUACUCUCUCUUAUUUUUGGUGCCAACUGUGAUUUCAGAGGCUGUGGAAAGGGUCGAGCAAGUGAAUCCGCUAGUUUGUCAGAAACAGACACGAGGGAAGGGGACAGGCCUGCCUUCCCAUUCCUCUCUUUUUGCUAAUUUCUGCCCAGUGUAAAGAUCAGUGGAAAUGGCAUUGCGCAGAUUUAUUCCCACCACUGCUUUCUUCAAUGUUCCCCUGUCGAUUUAAAAGAUUUAAUUGUUGCAUGCACAAGAAAUUUACAUUCUCUAUUUGCAAAAAGCAGCUUUGUAAUUUCACUUCACAGAAUGACUGAACUGGCUGGUAUUUCACAACAAUCCUGUUGGCAUGUAUUGUUGCCAGCAGUUAACAGUGUGAGAGAACCUGUCUCCCCUUCUCCCUCUGGUGACCAAUAUAAUCCAGGACUUUGGAAAAUUCAGUUUCCCUUUCCAGUGUCAAUAUUGAGUUGGCUGAUUUGUGAAGGGGAAGAUCGAUCUCCCCAUGUCCCAAGGUGGUUGGUGAGGGGUGUGCUGGAGAUGUGGGCUGUACUGUGGAAUCCCAAGGGAUUGACUGCUGAGGCUGCUGUACAACUCACCCUCCCUGGGGGCAAGGUGAGCAAAGCCAUUGUGCUAUUGUGACAAUGUGGACUCCUCUACCUGGCUCAUGCCAGUUGUAAUACACGGCCUCCAUCCACUAAACUGCAUGCAGGAAGAAUUGGCCCUCCCAUCUAAGACCCUGAGUGAGGAUGAGAUGGGAUUUUCGUGUGGACAGAGCAUUCUGGAUAUGGAUGUGUCAGGUUUUUUGGGGCUGUUGAAGGAUCUGUCACCUCCACAACCCCUUCCACCUGCCAGUUGACAUUAAUUGGAGGGUUGGGGAAGGUAGGCACUUGAUGGUUUUGCUGUGGGGGAGAUGGGUCACGUAAACUUUGCAGUGUGGUCUGGAUUGAGCUUGCAGUUAGUGGCUUCUGUUGCUCUUGCUCUGAAUGACAGUGCUAAGAGCUUGCAAGGAAUCUUUUCCUGUUGUUGUAGUGGAAAACAGAAGGGAAAUGAGGCCUGUUAUUGUCCCUCUCCCUCUCUUUUGGGUAAUGCUGAGUGUUCAUUUGUAAAGUGCCUAGGAUGUGUUGGUAAUAAAAAUUGGGGGGGGGGAGGGGGAAAGAGAGAAAGAGUCUGAGGGCGUGCUAGCCUUCAUUAAUCUGUAACACAAUAAUUGGGAUGCAGGGUUCUGUUGGAAGCAAUUAGACCUACUAUAGUGUUGGAUGCUGUCCUUUCUUCUGCAAUCACCCUCUUUGUUGCUGUGAUACCAAGUAGAACACUGUUGUCUUGAUAGAGGCAUCUAUGCGAGUUGUAACUCAUUGACACCACCAAAAUUAAGCAGAAUCAAACAAACCAGGCAGUUUGGCGGAAGAAUACUGCUCCCAAAACAAUAAUACUGCUCCCUAAGGAAUAAGGCUUCCUCUUGUUUUUUUUUUCUAUUUGGAUUUGGCUUUUUGAAGACUAAAACGUUCCAAACCUUUCUGGUUGCCCGAUCAGCAAUGUUUCUUUUUUUUAAAACCCAUUUUUUCCCCACCACCAAAAAUUUUGGGAAGUAUCAAUUUUGAGAGUGUGUGUGUGUGUACAUGUGUCAGAUCUGUGAUUUUGAGGGUUGUUUGGAUCUGAGACAUGUGACCUACAGCAACCAUUUUCAGGUUCUCAACCUAAUGUAAGGAAUCUAAAUGUAAGAGCUCUAUACAGGUGAGGGUUUUGUGGUUGAUUAUUUAAUUUGUACAUAUUGUAUAAAAUUUUAAUAGCUGGAAUUGUACAUACUGCACAAUAAAUUCUGCUGGUUCUGUC